AAUCCGCGGACGUUAAACAGCGUAUUUUCAACACAGACCAAUACAUCAUUGUAGUGUACCCCUCCGGAGCUCCGCGUCCGGUGCCGUUACCGACACGAUGGGCAAUCAGCUGGUGGCGUUGGCCCCGUCCCAGAUCUUCCCGGUAGAGCACUACCUAACUGGAACCUGCGAACUCGAGCUGCAGUUCGAGAAGAGUAUGGGCAGUACGCGUUUUAUGAAGGUGGCUAAGGUGAAAGUCGAUGAAGGACCGGUCGUGGUAAAGGUGUUUGUACGGCACGAUCCCUCGCUGCCUCUCGAACAGCACCUGGAGCGGAUAGAAUACAUCAAAAAGCAUCUCGCCAACGCGGUCAACUGUCUGCCGUUCCAGAAGGUGUUGACAAUGGAGAAAUCGUGCCUGAUACUGCGCGAGUUCGUGAAACACAGUUUGUACGAUCGUGUCUCGACGCGACCCUUCCUCACGCUGAUCGAGAAGAAGUGGAUCACCUUCCAGAUCCUGUGCGCGCUGCAUCAGUGCCACAAGCAGCACAUCUGCCACGGGGACAUCAAACUGGAGAACAUACUGAUCACCUCGUGGAACUGGGUACUGCUGUCGGACUUUGCCUCGUUCAAGCCCACCUACCUGCCGGAGGACAAUCCGGCCGACUACAGUUACUUCUUCGACACGAGCCGGCGCCGCACGUGCUACAUCGCUCCGGAGCGGUUCGUACUAGCGGGCAGCGGCCCGGAAACGGUCCACCCGAAGGACGGUCCGCUCGUUGGCGACGGGCAGUCAUACUGCGGUGGCCAGUUGCUGCCCGAAAUGGAUAUCUUCUCGGCCGGGUGCGCCCUGCUCGAGCUGUGGACCGAGGGUACGGCACCGUUCGAGUUUUCCCAGCUGCUUGCGUACCGGCGCGGCGAGGAGGACCUGGUACACCGGCACCUGGCUGGCAUCGAGAACGGGCGGCUGCGAGAACUGAUCCGCUCGAUGCUGUGUCGGGAGGCGGCCGGUCGAAAGUCGGCCGAACUCUACCUCGACCAAGAACGGGGCCACCUCUUUCCCGUGUACUUCUACGCCUUUCUGCAGUCGUACCUGCAGAUGUUCUCCACCGUGCCGGUGGUACCGCCGGACGAGAAGAUUGCUCGGCUGCACGCUGACAUUAGGCAGAUUGUGCAAAUCCUGACCGGUGGCACCCGACAAUUCACCACCACCAGUGACAGCGCCCUGGACCCUGGUGCGUGCGGUGACGGACCCCCCAACAAGGAAGGUCCCGAAGAUGGGCACGAUAAUGAUGGGCUCAUCCUGAUCACAAGCGUCGUGACCGCGUGCAUCCGUGGGCUGUGCUACUGCAAAUCGAAACUGCUGGCCCUACAGAUACUGCAGACACUCGCCGAGAACACCACCUCCGAAACGAUCCUUGACCGCAUCCUGCCGUACAUCCUCAACCUAGCCCAGGACGCCGAGCCGCGCGUCCGUGUGUCAGCCCUAAACACGCUGACUGCCUGUCUGCAGCUCGUGCGGCACCUGCCACGCAGCGACGCUAACGUAUUCCCCGAGUACAUUCUGCCGGCGAUUGCGCCACUCGCCACCGACAGCUCAACUUACGUGCGUAUGACGUACGCGAAAAAUAUCGCCACCCUCGCCGAGACGGCGGUCGGUUUUCUCGAGCAGUCGCAGCAGAUGUGCGAACUGGAAAACGUACCGCCGCCGCACUACGAAACCGAGCUGAGCGCACUGCACGAGAUGCUCCACCAGACGGUGCUCGCGCUGCUCACCGAUCCGCAGUCGACGGUAAAGCAAACGCUCAUGGAGUCGGGCAUCACCAAGCUGUGCGUAUUUUUCGGCCGCCAGAAAGCGAACGACGUCAUUCUAUCGCACAUGAUCACCUUUCUCAACGACAAGGAAGACCGCAACCUGCGGGGUGCCUUCUUCGGGUGCAUCGUCGGUGUGGCGUCGUUCGUCGGGCACCACUGCUCGCCGAUGCUCGUACCGCUGCUGCAGCAAGGGUUGACCGAUCCGGAGGAGUUUGUGAUUGCCAAAGCAAUUCACGCCACCACGCUGCUGAUCGAGAUCGGACUGAUCCAAAAGCAGGGCACCAUCGAGUUCAUUGGCGAGUGCGCCUGUUACCUGAGCCACCCGAACCUCUGGAUACGUCACGAAGUCGUCGAGCUGAUAGCGACCGCCGCCCGCAUCUCGAGCUCGGUGGACGUGCAGUGCAAGGUGAAGCCAUCGAUAGCGAACCACUUAAAGUUUCCGCUCAUCGACAUCGAGGCCCCGGACCUGCUGCUCGAUGCGCUGGUACCUCCGGUCUCGCGCCCCAUCUACGAUGCCGUGCUGCGCGCCCCCGACAUCGGUCAGCUGAUGAGCGUGUUGCGAAACCGAAAAGCCGCCCGCUAUCAUCAGACCGGCCAUUCCGCCGUUGCGCCGGAUGCCGUCAUCGAAGUGCCCGUUGCGGUGAGAAACCUAUUCCGGCGGCUCGUAACCGACGGGCUGACGGCGGCAGUCGAAGCGCAGCUGCUCGCCAUGGAGACACAUCUGGUCAAGCUGCACCGCUACAAGCUGGCAGCGGAAACGCGGCUCGUGCCACCAUCGGGUUGCAUCGUGCUCGACUACUUCCCGGAUCUGAUGGAAGAGAUUUCGCUGGCGGGCGGUGAUGUCGCCCAAGACGUUGGGAAGGCUGUUGCUGCCGAAGCUGCUACGGCCGUCACACUGAAAGCCGGUGCUAGGCGACUGGUACGCAACAGCGAAUCCGAUAAUGGUCCCAACGGUUACCAUGUGCUGACCACGGUCGAAACGCAGCUGCUCGCCAUGGAGACACAUCUGGUGAAGCUGCACGGCUUCAAGCUGGCACCGGCAGCUCGACUCACGCCACCAUCCGGCUGCAUCGAACCCAACUGCUUCCUGGACGCCAUGGAUGAGAUAUCACCGACAGUGGGCAGUGAUGUCACACAGAGCGUUGGGAUUGUCCCUUCGAGAAACGGUGUUAAGCAACUGGUACGCAAAGGCCAGUCCGUCAAUAGUCACAAUGGGCAGCAUAUGCUGAUCGCUUCAUCGAAAGUUCGUUCGCCAAUCUCAUCAGCUCGUGAGGCUUCUGGAGCCGGGACCGGUGUUGGACCAGUGGCGGUUGGCAGCAGUGGUUCUGGUACCGCCGGUACGCACGCACCCACGAUUCCAACCUCGUCCUCAGCAAGACCAGUGGAGUACAGUAUGCCCGAGCGCACGACCAGCUGUACCGGUGUUGCUGGAAGUGGUACCAAUGGUGGUGAUGGUGGCGGUACCGGAACGGCGGCCCAAGACCGAGUGACCAGCUGUCGGCAGGAGCUGGACGCACUGGUAUCGAAGUUGCGUAACCGGUAUGCUACCUAUCAGCACCAUCGUGAAUGGCGCGAAUCGAAUGCGGUUACACCGCCCCUUCCAACGGGCUGGACGUUGGGCGGGAAACCCGUCGCACACCUGCAGGAGCACCAGGGAGCGGUCAGUCGGUUAGCGGCGCUAAAACCUCAUGCUGGGCCGCUCUUUGCUAGUGCCUCCAUCGACGGCACCGUGCGGCUAUGGGACUGCAACAAGCUGGACGGCCAACAGUCGGUCAACAAGUCACGCCAAUCGUACCACGCCCGCACCCCACUCCAUGCGGUGGCCGCCUGCGAUGCCGGCCAAUCGUUGGCGGUAGCCGGUAGGGAUGGUACGCUAUUGCUACUGAAAAUCGACACCAACUCGAGCAAAAUGGCACUGCAGCAGGCGCGCCACCUCGAGCCGGACGUGCGCCAGCUGAGCUGUCCGUUCUGCUGGCCAAAUGACUACGACGGCCCGGUGGUCGAGAUGGCACCACUCGAGACACACGGGGCGCAAAGCGUGAUCGUGUACGCUACCCUGUACGGCACGCUCGUCGGCUGGGAUAUCCGCACACCCGACCCGGCCUGGCAACUGCAGAGUGACCUGCGGAGCGGCGUCAUCACGACGUUCUGCAUUGACCCGACCAGCUCGUGGCUUACCGUGGGCACCAGCAGUGGGAGGCACAUCUGCUGGGACCUGCGCUUUCAGCUGCCCAUCGCCGAGAUCAAGCACCCGAACGAUGCCCGUGUCCGGCGAGUCUCGCACCAUCCGACGGAGUCAUCCUGGCUGGUGUCGGCGCUCCAGGGCAACAACGAGGUCAGCGUGUGGAACAUAGAAACUGGCCACCGGCAGCAAACGUUUUGGGCAAGCCCGAACCCGCCUCUUUCGCACAGCAGCGCAUCGACGCAGUGUGUUUGCGCGAUGGUGCAGGGGAUCGUCGACGAUCGGCCGUUUCUGCUGACCGGCGGCGCCGAUCAACGCAUCCGAUACUGGGACCCGUUGGAUAUUGACAAGUGCUCGCUGAUUGUGCCGUCGGCGAAGGACUAUGCACCGCUGAACAUACGUUACGAGUCGCGUCUGAUAGAUGGGACAAAGGUGAUUUCCGAAGAUAGUAGCGGCGUCGGCGGCGGGGCUGGUACCGGGGGAAAUGGCAGCACGGUCAACAGUACCAUCAAUAACGCCACCGCGAACGCGAACGCCGCGAUCAACACCGCUAACACCACCAGUAGCAGCAGUACGAACAAUAACACCACCAGCUUGGUGGCUGAAGCGAUUCCGGUUGGUAGCGGCGCCGGCAGCAGCAGCGGGGGCGGUGAACGAACCAUGCGGUCGGACAGCGGCCCAAACCGGACCGAAAGUGACGAUCCGCGAACCGGGCCGGACAUGCCAAGUAUAGGUCACAACGACGUCAUCAACGACAUGCUGAUGUGCCGCACUGCAAAGCAAACGUUCCUUGUGUCAGCGAGCCGUGACGGUGUAAUCAAGCUAUGGAAGUGAAAUAUGUGCCCCACCCCCCCCCCCCCCCCCCC